AUGGCACUGCCGGGCCAACUCCCUCCCCUCAACUACGAUGACCGUGGCCCCGGCCUCGUCACUUGCGUUGUGGUCGGCCUAGUUGUGUCCACGAUCGGGAUCUCCACGCGCUUUUGGGCUCGAGCAGUACUAUUUCGGAUGCAAAUUUGGUGGGACGACUGGUCAAUUCUUCUGACGACAAUCGUAUCCCAUGCGUUCCUCGCCCUCGAGAUUUACUGGACAACGGUGCGCAUGGGGCGUCACUCGUGGAUGAUUCCCAUGGAGCUGCUCUGGAUAAGCCUGAUUCUCAACCGCGUCAUCCUCAUGAUCUAUGCCACCGCAGUCCGGCUUCUGAAAGUCAGCGCGUUACUUUUCUACGUGCGUGUUUUCAAGAUCUCUCGAACUUUCCGCUACGUGCUCUGGGGCGUGGGAACCUUUGUUAGCGUCUGGUGGUUUGUUCUUUGCCUCACUCCAUGGACUUUCUGUCGUCCAUGGUCGAAAACCGUUAACCCUGACGAACCCGGCGUUUGCAUACACCCAACGGAGUGGUAUCUUACAUCAUCGUUCCUCAACGCAUUCACAGAUCUCGUCGUCUUGCUUCUCACAAUGCCGCUGGUAUGGAAAUUGCAGAUGAAUACUCAAAAGAAGCUCUCGGUCGCUGGCGUCUUCAUCUUGGGUUUUGCAUCUGCCUUCUUGUCUUUCGCACGCUUCAUCAUUAUCGCCCAACAACCAAACAUGCUGAACGAGAGUACAGAUCCUUCCUGGCAGAUGGUCCCGAUGACCUACCUUUCCAUGCUUGAGGCACCCGUAGGUAUUCUUGCCCUUUCUGCACCAUCCAUCAGGCAGCUAGUGGGCCGUGCCGCCAAACAUCAUAGCCUGGCUUCCCUCUUCUCGUCGAACUACGGUGAUAAAGGGUCCGCUGGCGUAAGCAAUUACUCGGCUGGCAAGCAAUCGCUCAAGGACCCAAGCUACUAUGAGCUUGGCUCAACCAAGAGGAGCCGAUGGUAUCCGGGCGCGUCGUCCAAUGGGGAAAGCCAGAGUACGACAGCGAUUGCGACACGAGGUUCUGAUGAUGAUGAGCAGCGCAUGAUGCCUGAGAUCCCUUCCAGGGCCAUAAAUGUGAGCCGUGAUGUGGAGGUUGCUCACCACGAAGCAUCACAUCAUUGA